AACAAAACCCAACGACCAACUCACAAUAUACGCCUCAAAAGCGCCCGCGUCCAGGAACAAAGUCAAGUAUUUCCCUACGACCAUUCCAUCGCCUCUUCGCAAAAGCAAGAUCAGACUUUCAACGCAUUGUUGUAAUCUUGCUACCGAGACAGGGGUGCAGCUCCCACCGCCAAUCGCGAGAUACACGAUGCUAUUGACCAGCACCGCUCUGAUAUUAACAUCAAAUCGCUGAACCCUGCCUCGUCACCACGUCGACGCUGGCUUCCCAGAAACAACGGGAGAUUCUAACUUUGCAUCAUCGGCGCGCUGAACGACGUGUAUAUCUACUACAUACCUACUACCUACCGAUCUUGCGAGAGGAGAACACACGAAGGAGGACACUGGUAUUAGGAGUGAGAGUAGAAGGAGGAGUUGGAUUCGGGACACAUUCACAAUGCAGUCGUCACCGCGGACCCCGAAGCAUAGCAGACAUCCAUCUGGCAUCGACCUCUCGUUCGCCACGCCGCUCUCAUACACAGACUCGAGUCCCCGCCGACACUCGAAGGCCUCGAUACGCAGUCCCACGACGCCCAACCGACACAGCAUCACCCGCUCGGACUCGAUCGGGCAGGAUGUGUUCAGCAGCGGCGGAGGAGCGGGCGCGGCUUCGAACGGGCUGGGGAAUCUGGCGGACGAGUUGGCGGAUGCGUGGGGAGAGGAGGAUGAGGAGGAAGACGAGGAUUUGGAGCCCGAUAUGAAUUUCCAGGAAGUGAAGGGGGAGGGGCAGCAGAGGGAUAGUGGGGUGGAUGUUACUUCUUCUCCUAUACAGGCGCCGCCCAAGUCUGCGAAUCUUACGCCGCCGACGCCGAUGGGGAGGGGGCAUAGGAGACAGCCAAGUGAGUAUGAUGGGAGUGAUUAUGGAGGGGAUUCGGAUCUGGAGUCGCCGGGUAUGCCGCCUGGGUUGGUGGCUAGGAUGGACAUGGUGGAGAGUUUGGCGAGGAGAGGGACGGAGAACAAUGGUUCUGAGAGAGAUGGGGUUGUGAAGAGGGUUAUAGAUGGGUUGAAGGAUCUUGGAGGACAGUCUGGUGUUGAGGGAGGUGCUACGAGGCUGGUCACGGCACAUUCUGCUUUAGCAACACACCUACUUCACCAAACUCGACUGCUUCAAUCACUGUCAUAUCCUCUAUUCUCACCUCUUACUCUUCCACCGGAUGAGGACUUCAUAGACGACCUGAUGCCUCUUCUAGUAACAAUCGGCGAAACUAUGCCUCGACCAACAACAGCAGCAUUCAACUCGCUAACCCAACUCCAUACUUUGACCGCAGACUUGGUUCAAACACUUAACUACCUGUCUGACACACUCCAUAUGUCGAGACAAACAACUACCACAGCAACAAGACGUUUAAAGAGCGCGAGAGACCUUGUAACUGAAAUGAGGAAAGAUGAAGAUGCCAGAGAAGAAGGAGAAAGAUGGUUGACAAGACAUAAUUGGGGAGAAAGAUUAAGGAAAAGGGAAUGUGCUGGAGUAUGUGGGGAUGUAGUCGGUGGAUUCGAAGAAGUCUGCAAUGGCUGGAGGGAACGACUCGUAGCACAAGCAGAAGCUGUCGGCGCUUAACGAGAUGACGAGAUUGGAUGGGAUACACAGAUACUUGGGAUUUUCGUUUGUCGGUUCAUGUCGGUGCAUAUAUUGCCUGGAGGGCGGCGGUAGGGCGUUUAGGGCUGGUGGCCACUUAAUUGUGGAUAGAUGUCUGAGCGGAAUACAUUGUCUUUACCAUGCAUUAGGGUCCAGAACGCCACACAUGUCGUUAAACGUCUCUCGGUUCCCGUUUUGAUUGAGGCUUGCAGAACUUCAAACGUUGCC